AUGUCAUCGGGCCGGCUACAGGGCUUCGUCCAGCGCGGCGGGCGUGCCGGCUCUCCCUUCACGACGGAUCGUAAGGCGGCGCAGAACUUAAAGUUUCCGCCACGCCCACCGUCCGCGGCGCCGGCGCCUCCCAAUUACUCUAGCGUGGGCGGUGCGCCCAACACACACGUGAGCCAAAGCUUUACUCGGCCGACGCCAGCAAGCCCCGGCCCCUUUAAUGACGGCUUUCCGUCGCGUGCACUCGAUUCCUCAGUUGACUCAGACUUCGACCGUACCAAGACUGAUCUCGCUGGCCACGAUGCAUAUGGCGUGAGUCCGGUCGCAGCUGAUCCCUGGGACGCCGCUGCCGCCUACGUCUCCUCACCAGCCGACUCCUUACCCGAGCCGGUACGUUACCUCGCGUCUCGGCCACCAUCCGAGCCAGCACCCUUGCGGGGACCCAAAACGGGUCGCUUCCAGGCCCGCGACAGUCACAGUCUCGAGAUGCGCCUGAGCCCCGGGGAACCGAAACGCCCGCACUCAGAUCCUGGCCUCUCCGACCCAGAUCCCGAGGCCGACGCCGCUCUUCGUGCCCCCGAUACUCCCCGCAGUCCGACACCCACACGCGCGAAGCUCUCGCGCAUCACAAAGCCGGUAGUCGCCGCAGGCUCACCGCAGCACCUCGCCCAUGUUAGCGCUGACUACGAUGACGAGGCGCUCCAACGCAUGACCUACGCCGAACUUGAAGCUCAGACCUGGGAGGAAGCGGCGCCACGCAAACCGUUUGUCUACCCGCGCGAGCUCCGCGCGCCCGGCACACCACUCGAGAGUAAAAUUAACUACUAUUUAGCGGCCGCACCGCCGACGCCUGGCGCUGCUGCCAAAGCUGCCGAGGCCUUCUUUGAGCAACUCUCGAGUCCAGAGUGGGAUGAGGCUGGUGAGAUAUUUAUGGAUAAGUUUAGUGCGCUCAUGCGACAGCUUCAGGCAAAACGGCGUGAGAAGCGACGCAUCGCUGAAGCUUACGAACGCGAGGUCAAGCAGCGCGAGCGCUCUAUUCGCCAUCGUACCCUAAGACUCGAGCAGAAGCUGCAGAAAAUGCGCGCAAGCGGCGAGAGCAUGCUAGGAGCACCGAGGGACACCAGCAGCAAGAUAGCGGCCACGAAGGGUAAUUGA